GAAAGAGAGGAGGGGUAAAGGGUGGAAGAAUGGCGCUCUCCUUGGCUCCUGCCUUUCACUGUCCGGCGCCGCUCGCGCGUCUUCGCCCGGCCAGCGUCACUGCCACCACCACGAGACCCGCUGUCUCUCGUCCUUCCACACCGCCUCCCAUUCUUCGCCAGGGCAUCGCCGCAGAGCCUGGAGCUCUCUGUUCCAAUGCCUUGCAGUGCCAGCAUUUCCAACAAUGCUCGGGGUGUUCCCACGAGACGGCGCUCGAUUGCCCUCCAUUGCUCUCCGAGGCUAAGAAAUUCUUCGUUCGUCACGGCAUUUCUGAUCUCAGCUUUGACAGUGGACUCCUGUGGGGAUGGAGAUGUCGUGCAAAGCUUGCUGUUAGGGGUUCUGCAAAGGAGCCAAUGGUUGGACUUUACGAAGAGGGCAGUCAUAACGUUGUUGAUAUCCCCUUUUGUAAAGCUCAUCACCCUAGCAUUAAUGCUGCAGUAGAGCUUCUCAAACAAGGUAUCGCACUAUUUAAUGUUCAGCCUUAUGAUGAAGACUCUGGAACAGGUGAACUGCGAUAUGUGCAGAUGGCUGUCACAACAUAUGAUACAUCAGUUCCAGCUUCUGAGCGCUACCUAAAAGGUAAGGUUCAGAUUUCUUUGGUUUGGAACAGUAGAAGUGAGAAGUCACCUGGUGUGGAGAAAGCAGAUGCUUUGUCAGGUUUCCUAUGGAGAAAGGGCGGACAAAAUAGCAGCUAUCAUCUGAUACAUUCAGUGUGGAUGAAUUUCCAGACCUCCUCUACGAAUGUAAUUUUUGGACACAGAUGGAGACAUAUGAUAGGGGAAAAAGAUCUCUGGGAACACGUGGGAGGGAUUGACAUAUCGUUGGCUCCAUCCAGCUUUGGCCAAGCAAAUACAAAGGCAUUUGAUUCUUUGUUGCACAAGCUGCAAAAAUAUGUUCCUGUUGGAGAAAAUGUUGUUGACCUAUAUGCAGGUGCUGGAGUUAUAGGGCUAUCUUUGGCAGUGACCAGGAACUGCAGGACUGUGAAGUGUCUGGAAGUAAACAAAGAGGCAAAACUGUCAUUUGAGAGAUCAAUUAGCCGCCUGCCGAAAUCUUUCAGUGGAAACAUUAGUUGGCACCACACGGAUGUUGCAAUGGAACCUCUAUACUGGCUUGAGGGCUCAGAUGUUGUUGUGGUGGAUCCACCACGAAAAGGCUUGCACCCUUCUUUGAUUGAAGCACUGCAGAAGUUGCCAUCCUCGAGUAAGAAAGCUGUUCAGAUGACUGGGAGCAGUUCUACAAGAAAAAGGGAGGAAAAACGGCCAUGGGUUUUACAGGCAAGAGAAGCUUGUGCUGAGUUAAACAACAGCAGCAUCGAUAAAGGUCAAUCAUGGCCUCACACGAUAAUUUACAUAAGCUGUGGAUGGGAGAGUUUUAAGAAGGACUGUGAUUCCUUGGUUUCCAGCAAAAUAUGGCGUUUGGAGAAAGCACAUGCAUUCAACUUCUUCCCUGGCACUAAGAGCAUUGAAAUCUUGGCUGUAUUCAAACGGGGAGGACUGAGUUCUCAGAAGGAAAAGAAGAAAAAGAAGGCGGGGAAAAGAAAAGGUUCUUCAAAAGAAAGGUUUAUCUAGAUGAUCUCUGUCUAUCUCUUUGAAGGAAGUUUUUCUCAGGCAUUUGAGCCGAUCACAUAUCUGUUGCAAGCCUGCUGUAGCUAGUCCGAUCUGCAUGUGAAAAGAACAAUGCUGUUUGCAUUGGUCAGGUGUAAAUCAGGUGAACCCAGAUCAAGAAUCAUCUUGACUUAAUUUAGAUUGAAUUGGUCUGGCAACUUUGUCACAGGAAAAUGAUUCGUACGAGAUAUUUGUGGUACAUCUGAAUGGUGGUUAAAGAUGCAUUAUUACACAUGAAGCUGAACAAUUAUAUGCCAACGUUGAUGCGGAAUAAUUAUACGUCAAAGUGAUGGUGGACUCAGCAACUCAGUUAGAUUGACGAGCCACUUUGGGCUGUUUUCCUCAUUCUCGAGUCAUGCUCACACAUGGCGCCGUAGACUCCUGCCAGAUCAAGGCUACGUCCCACACAUGGCGCCCGCAAGAAAGAGAAGUGGUGGGAUAUACUUCGCACAUAAUUUUCUUAAGUCAACUUGAAAGAUGUUGAAGGUCGAACUCGCAUGCUCCAUUUGUACUCAGCUAUAAAGUCCUUUUUGUACAUUGGUGAGCGAGUUCAAAAUCAAAUCUCAUCUUAGAUUUUCUGGCACUUGGUGAUGGGGCCCAGACCCAGCACCUGACUCGGCCCAGUAGCAGCCGAUCAAACCUACUCGGUCAGGUGCUGAAGGAGGCCUGGCAACCGGAUGAUAUCACAACUAAACUACUUUUCGAUUGGCCGGGUUUAUCUUUUCUAGAAUGAGUUUUGUUGUUGCUUCUUAAAGGUCUUGUACACCGUCAUUUGAGGGGGUCGACAAUUUUUUAGUAUUCAGUUGAGUCUCUCUUUCAGUGUGUUA